AUACGGAGUUGCCCUAAAGUGAGAUCCGUGGGACUCCACUCAGUCCCCGAGAGCCCGGAACCACGGGUCGGAGCACCGCGUUCCCUUAGUGCCCUCAUUAACGAUCACUUCCGCCCACGGCUCUGGAAUACCCGAGGCCCUUUGGCUGCGAACAACGGGAAGGGCAUUUCCGGUACCUGUUGCCACGGCGCCGGUCCAGUGGGCCUAAGGGGGCGAAGUCAUUGGCGUCCUCUCCCCCCCUCUCUGGGGGUAGAGAUGUCGGGGCUCAGCUACCCAGAGAUGGAGGGCUGUCGUAACCUGCUCGGUCUAUUGGACAACGACGAGAUCAUGGCCCUAUGCGACACCAUCACCAACCGCCUGGUGCAGCCUGAGGACCGCCAAGAUGCUAUUCGUGCAAUAUUAGUGUACAGUCAAAGUGUAGAAGAACUUCUGAGGCGGAAAAAAGUCCACCGAGAAAUCAUAUUUAAGUACUUGGCAACACAGGGGGUUAUUAUACCUCCAGCUACUGAAAAACACAGUCUUAUUCAGCAUGCAAAGGAUUACUGGAAAAAGCAGUCACAACUGAAAUCGAAGGAAACGCCAGAGCCAGUUAAGACAGAGAACAUUAGACUCUUUGAACAGGAGAAAGAAGAUAAAAAAGCUGAAAAGGUUGAUUUUCGUCGAUUAGGUGAAGAAUUCUGUCACUGGUUCUUUGAACUUCUUAAUUCUCAGAAUCCUCUUCUGGGACCACCUCAAGAUGAAUGGGGGCCACAGCACUUCUGGCAUGAUGUCAAGCUUAGGUUUUAUUACAACACAACUGAACAAAAUGUGAUAGACUACCAUGGAGCAGAAAUUGUGAGCCUUCGUCUGCUGUCACUAGUGAAAGAAGAAUAUCUUUUUCUCAGUCCCAACCUAGAUUCCCAUGGACUGAAAUGUGCUUCUUCUCCCCAUGGUCUAGUUAUGGUUGGAGUUGCUGGGACUGUCCACCGAGGGAACACUUGUUUGGGCAUUUUUGAACAAAUUUUUGGACUCAUCCGCUGCCCUUUUGUGGAGAAUACUUGGAAAAUCAAACUUAUCAACCUGAGAAUUAUUGGAGAGAGUUCCCUUGCUCCUGGAACAUUAAUGAAACCAGCUAUUACAUUUGAACCAAGUGAUCUAGAAGCCUUUUAUAAUGUAAACACUUUGUGUGGUCCAGUGAAGGAUGACUCAAUGUAAGGCAGGCAUUGGAUAGUGAGACUGGAGACCAAACUUUAUCUAGUGGAAAUGAGGCACUUUGAACAAAAGAGAACUAAUUUUACCUAACCCUUGAAGCAUUGAGUACUAUAUGUCAGUCUAAAAAAUGUUCUAUACAGAAAUUCUUCCAAAUACUACAUCAGUAAUGUCUAAGUGAUUUCAGAUUCAGGGAUUGACGUAUUUUAGUUGAAAUGUCUUUCUUGACUACAGGCUAACAUAUUAUGUGAACACUUGCCUCUUUCUACUUGAGUUGCAGCAAAUGUUCUGAAGGCUUCAUGCAAUUCAUCAAAUAAAUCCCACUUUAGAUGUUGUAACUAACUGUGUGCCUUAGAAACCAGUUAAUAUUUUCAUUUUACUUGGUGGAUAUUCUGCUAAUAUCUGUACUUGUCAUGCGGGAAAAAAUUAAUAGUGUUCAAGGCUUCCCCUUUUAAUUCUCAUUUACUUUUGUCUGAAUCUGGGUAAUUUUACAA